UUCUCGGCCACCCUCACUGCAGAGACUGCAUGGGGUGCCAUGCGAGGCUUGGAGACAUUCUCCCAACUCGCAUGGGGUAAUCCCACGCAGAUUGCAGUGGGGGUGCACGUGUGGGAUUCUCCCCACUACCCCCACCGUGGUAUCGUGGUGGACACAGCAAGGAACUAUUACCCUGUGAAGGAUUUGCUGAGGACAGUGGAAGCCAUGAGCAUGAACAAGCUCAACGUGUUCCACUGGCACAUCACUGACGCAGAAUCUUUCCCUUUGAUAUUGCCUUCUGAACCUGCCUUGGCUGAAAAGGGGGCUUAUGCCUCUCACAUGGUGUAUUCACCCGAGGAUGUUAAAAGAGUUGUGGAAUUUGGACUUGAUCAUGGGGUUCGUGUAAUUCCCGAGAUUGAUACACCUGCUCACACAGGAUCUUGGGCAUUAGCCUACCCUGACAUUGUAACUUGUGCCAACAUGUUCUGGUGGCCAGCUGAUAGUGAUUGGCCUGAUAGAGUUGCUUCACAACCAGGAUCAGGACACUUGAACCCCUUAAACCCCAAGACAUACCAAGUCCUAAACAAUGUCAUACACGAUAUAACCACAUUGUUCCCAGAACAAUUCUACCACUCAGGUGCUGAUGAGGUUAUACCAGGUUGCUGGAAAACCGAUCCCACAAUUCAGAAGUAUCUAUCAAACGGUGGAACCCUCAACCAAGUCCUUGAGAAGUUCAUCAACAACACUCUCCCUCUCAUUGUGUCCCUCAACCGCACCGCUGUGUAUUGGGAAGAUGUCUUGCUAGAUGACACAGUCCAUGUUCCAUCCACAAUGCUCCCCAAGGAGCAUGUGAUUCUGCAGACAUGGAACAAUGGACACAGCAACACCAAGAAGAUAGUUUCUUCCGGGUACAGAGCCAUUGUGUCAUCAGCAGAAUUCUACUACCUGGAUUGUGGACAUGGCACCUAUGUUGGGAACAACAGUGCCUAUGACAACCAAAAUGGGGAUGACACAGGCAACGGUGGCUCUUGGUGUGCACCCUUUAAGACAUGGCAGACCAUAUACAACUAUGAUAUAGCAUAUGGGUUGAGUGAGGAGGAAGCAAAGUUGGUUUUGGGUGGGGAGGUAGCACUGUGGUCAGAACAAGCUGAUUCAACUGUUUUGGAUGCAAGGAUUUGGCCUAGAAGUUGUGCAUUGGCUGAGGCACUGUGGUCAGGGAAUAGGGAUGAGAAGGGUAGGAAGAGAUAUGCUGAGGCCACUGAUAGGUUGAAUGAAUGGAGAAGCAGAAUGGUAAGCAGAGGAAUAGGGGCUGAGCCUAUUCAGCCACUUUGGUGUGUUAAGAACCCUGGCAUGUGUAACACUGUUCAUCCUGUCUAGUUGCAUUCUUACUA